CUUUGUAAGAGCAUCCAAAAUUUGAGCUUCUAUUGGAGAGAAACAAACACCAAAUAAAAAUAGCAAUCAUGGCAAAUAAGUACCAUGUUCGUUCUAUUAGUUUGCCUUCUAGAUCUCAUCCUAGCACCAUUAGAGUUGAGGAGGAGCUUAGCAAGAUCAAAACUUGGGAAGGAACAUUCACAUCCACAUCAGGGUCCAUUCACACAGGCAUAUCCUUGAUUGAAGAUUUGUACAUUUGCUUGGAUGAUCUUCUCAACAUGGCAUCUACCCAAAAGGUGAUUUCUCACCAUAGAGGUGAAAAAUGUGUGCAAGAGGUGUUGGAUGGUUCAGUGAGAAUUUUGGAUAUAUGUGGCAUCACAAGGGACACCAUGUUGCAAAUUAAGGAAAAUGUCCAAGCCCUUCACUCUUCUCUAAGAAGAAGAAAGGGAGACUCAUGUGUUGAAGCAAGUGUGGCUGAGUACAAGUUGUUCACAAAAAAGAUGAAGAAGGAUGCCAUUAAGUUGAUCACAUCUUUGAAGCAGAUGGAUGGCAAAUUUGGGGUGUCCACACUUUUGGAUCUUGAUCACCACUUCGCUGCUGUGAUUAGAGUGCUUAGGGAAGUCAUUCUGAUGAACUUGUCACUAUUCCAAUUUUUUUUGUCAUUCUUCACCGUGUCUUCAUCGAACUCAAAGACAUCCAAAUGGUUGCUGGUGACAAAAUUGAUGCACAGGGGGAUAAAACCUUGUGAAGACAAAUCAGAGAAUAUCAAUGAAUUUCAGUGUGUGGAAGCAUCUUUGAGCACCCUUCUAAAUGAAGGCACUAUUAAUGAUGAGAAGAUGCAGGUAGUUCAUGAAAGAUUGGAGGCUUUGGAGAAUGCCAUUGAAAGUGUUGAGAAUGGCUUGGAGAGUGUGUUUAGGCGCUUGAUUAAAACUAGAGCUUCCCUUUUGAACAUAAUCUCCCAAUAGAGUACUUUCAAUAGAUAUUUUUCUCCAAAUUCUGCAAUGCAGCCAAAUUUUAGGGGUAUGCUGAGGAAUGAAAUUUUAACCUACAAUUAUUUGUAGAUAUGUAUAAUUCAAAAGAAAUAUAUUGAAAUGUAAAAACAAAAGAGAAAUCUUUGUUCCCUACAUUACGGUG